AUGGCCAGCGAAGGUAGCGAGGGUGAGCACCCAUCCGUGACGCUCUUCCGUCAGUACCUGCGCAUCCGCACCCUCCAGCCCGAGCCCGACUAUGGGGCAGCUGUGGCCUUCUUUGAGGAGAGAGCCCUCCAGCUGGGCCUGGGCUGUCAGAAAGUGGAGGUGGCACCUGGCCGUGUAGUGACCGUGUUAACCUGGCCAGGCACCAACCCCAGACUCUCCUCCGUGUUGCUCAACUCCCAUACGGAUGUGGUUCCUGUCUUCCAGGAAUAUUGGAGUCAUGAUCCCUUUGAGGCCUUCAAGGAUGCGGACGGCUACAUCUAUGGCAGGGGUGCCCAGGACAUGAAGUGUGUCAGCAUCCAAUACCUGGAAGCUGUGAAGAGGCUGAAGGCUGAAGGCCACCAUUUCCCCAGAACCAUCCAUUUGACUUUUGUGCCAGAUGAGGAGAUUGGGGGUCACCAAGGCAUGGAGCUGUUUGUGAAGCGGCCUGAGUUCCAGGCCCUGAGGGCUGGCUUCGCCCUGGAUGAGGGCCUGGCCAAUCCCACUGACGCCUUCACUGUCUUUUACAGUGAGCGGAGCCCCUGGUGGGUGCGGGUCACCAGCACCGGGAGGCCAGGCCACGGCUCGCGAUUCAUCGAGGACACGGCAGCGGAGAAGCUGCACAAGGUCGUGAGCUCUAUCCUGGCUUUUCGGGAGAAGGAGAGGCAAAGGUUGCAGUCAGACCCUCAGCUGAAGGAGGGGGCUGUGACCUCCGUGAACCUGACUAUCCUAGAAGGUGGUGUGGCUUUUAACAUGGUGCCUGCCACCAUGAGUGCCAGCUUUGACUUCCGCGUGGCCCCGGAUGUGGACCUGAAGGCUUUCGAGGGGCAGCUGCAGGACUGGUGCCAGGAAGCUGGCGAGGGGGUCACCUUCGAGUUUGUUCAGAAGUGGUCAGAGCCCCAAGUGACACCUACUGAUGACUCAGACCCUUGGUGGGCAGCAUUUAGCAGGGCCUGCAAAGACAUGAACCUCACUCUGGAGCCAGAGAUCUUCCCCGCUGCCACGGACAGUCGCUAUCUUCGUGCGGUAGGGGUCCCGGCUCUGGGCUUCUCACCCAUGAACCGCACGCCCGUCCUGCUCCACGACCACGAUGAACGGCUGCACGAGGGCGUGUUCCUCCGUGGGGUCGACAUAUACACUCAGCUGCUGCCUGCCCUGGCCAGUGUGCCGGUCCUGCCCAGUGAAAGCUGA